CGGGGCGGGCGCCGCGGCGGGCGGCUGUGAGGAUCGGCCGGUAGUGGCGGCGGCGGCGGCGGCGGGUGGCAGCAGCGGUCAGCGGUCGGCCAUGGCGGAGGCGGAGGCCGGCGGCGACGAAGCCCGCUGCGUGCGGCUGAACGCCGAGCGGGCCAAGGUGCUGCUGGCCGAUGUGGACACACUGCUGUUCGACUGCGAUGGUGUGCUGUGGCGCGGUGAGACGGCCGUGCCGGGCGCGCCGGAGACUCUACGAGCGCUCCGGGCCCGCGGCAAGCGACUGGGCUUCAUCACCAACAACAGCAGCAAGACUCGCACGGCCUACGCGGAGAAGCUAAGGCGCUUGGGUUUCGGCGGUCCGGUGGGGCCCGACGCCGGCCUCGAGGUCUUCGGCACGGCCUACUGCAGCGCGCUCUAUCUGCGCCAGCGCUUGGCCGGCGUGCCGGACCCCAAGGCCUACGUGCUGGGUAGUCCGGCCUUAGCCGCCGAGCUGGAGGCCGUGGGUGUUGCCAGCGUGGGUGUGGGCCCGGAGGUUUUGCACGGCGAAGGCCCGAGCGACUGGCUGGCGGUGCCGCUGGAACCCGACGUGCGCGCGGUAGUGGUGGGCUUCGACCCACACUUCAGCUACAUGAAACUCACCAAGGCCGUGCGGUACCUGCAGCAGCCCGACUGUCUGCUCGUGGGCACCAACAUGGACAACCGCCUCCCGCUAGAGAACGGCCGUUUCAUUGCGGGUACCGGCUGUCUGGUGCGAGCCGUGGAGAUGGCCGCCCAGCGCCAGGCGGAUAUCAUCGGGAAGCCUAGCCGCUUCAUCUUCGACUGCGUGUCCCAGGAGUAUGGUAUCAACCCGGAGCGCACCGUUAUGGUAGGAGAUCGCCUGGACACAGACAUCCUCCUGGGCGCCACCUGUAGCCUGAAGACUAUCCUGACCCUCACCGGAGUCUCCACUCUUGAGGAUGUGAAGAUUAAUCAGGAAAGUGACUGCAUGUACAAGAAGAAAAUGGUCCCUGACUUUUAUGUUGACAGCAUAGCCGACCUUUUGCCUGCCCUUCAAGGUUAAAGAUCUAGUGUCUUUAAUCUCUGGAAUAAAAAAAAAAAAAAUGAAAAUCAGUUACCUAAAUUAAUAGGUGGGGCUUAGAAAUGGCUCAGUUAGGUGGCUGCAGGUUAAUUGGAGUUAAGCAAAGGCAGUAGUAGUUAACCUUGUAAGUAAACGUUGGGGGAGUGCCGUUUACAAAUGAUUAUAUUUUACCAUGCACUUUUAAACUUGGAAGGCAUUAUGGUGAGCCCUGGGCUUUGUAUGUGGUGGCAGGGAUGGGCAUAGCAUCUGCACAGCAUUGAAGUAAACUUAGGCCCCGUUGAUGAAUCUGAAGUGGGUCAAGGGUUGUGUGUCAUGCUUUUUACUGUAAAAUGUAUUCAGGGAUCAGACCCUCAGAUGGGCUAGAGAAAAGGAAAGGCUGUUAUGAGACACUUGUGUAGACCAAAAACCGGGGUUUUCCCCCAGUGUGAUCAUACAGCAGGGAAGUCUGCUACUAUGUUCCUCACAUAAGGGUGGGAGUGGAGGAAGCUGCUGCCAGGUGGGAUUUCUGUUGUUGGGGUUUAGUAUGCUGCCCUUGACAACUUUCACUCGCCCCUGCUUCCUCGAAGGCCAGUUUGAUGUCACAAUUGUCUGUUCUGUUUCAGAUGCCCAGCACUACAGCCCCUCAUGCACACUAACAGCAUAGAUAAACUUUGGCUUUCUUGUAUGAAUUGAAAUGCAGGUGUUUCACUGAGUGAAACUAAGUAGCAGAGCAUGCAUGAAUGCCUGCACUGAACUCCUACUGCUGUACAGGGACCUUAGAUCAGUGUUUAUUUUUUAAAAAAAUUUUCUUAAAACUACUGAACAACAUUGUCAAUUGUGGAAUUGGAUCUUAAAGGGUAUUGAUUAAUAGCUGUGCUGUCUCAAGGGUAAACCCCACUGAAGAAAUCUCAUGCCCUGGUCAGUAGCAUAGCCAAUGUGUAAGCCAAGGAUUACCUUGUUUCCCAGAGUGCUCUCUGAGUAUGGAAGGAAAGAGGAGUCCUGAGAAUAACUGUCUCCCUUGCCUAUGUCCUUUGCAUUUGUGGCUGCGUCAUAUGUUGGUGCUCCAUGAAGCCAUCUAUUUCCAUCCUGGACUUCCUUGUUGGUGGCUAGGAAGAAGGGCCACCCUGCCAACCAGUUGGCUUCUCAGCAUCUCUGGCCCUUUGCUCUGCUCUGCCAGUGUGUGACCUUUAGCAGCAGUAUUCAUGGGGCAACCCAGGAAGCUGUUCCUUUUAGCUGACUCCCUCCUUCCUGGCACCUUGCCCUGUACCAAGUAGUCAUUGCACUUCACCUAUUCAAAUUCUCAGAGCAAUAAAAUGUAUCCCAUGCCUGAAACUGCUCCCAGGACGGGUGGUUGGGAGUGGAAUGGUGCCAUAAUUAAGCAUGAAAACAGCAGUGCCUGUGAUAUUGCUGGUUGAUCCUCUGUGAGGGUGGCUCUGUGAGUCUGGACAGUGAACAGACCUGUUUUGGCAUUAUCACCCACAUAGGAGUAUUUGGCAGGUGCAGCAGCAAGGGAUGCCCCCCUUCUACUGGGCAGUAGCCCGAGAACCUGUGUGUGGUACAUUUCCAGCUUGUUUCAUUGUAAAUUCAAAUGCACAUUAAACUCUCAAACCACACUGA